UUUUCGUGUCAGUGUCAAUUUACAUUUCGCUCCGUGUCAGUCAUGUCGUGAAACGAGGAUACCGCAUCAUGUGACGGAAAAUCACUAAUAACGCUGCAUUGCUUGUGUUUUUGUUCAACGAGUGUGCUCUAAUUGAACUAUAAAGAGUUAUGUUCGUGGAAAGAAAAGUAGGCGUUUGCAGUAUUAGUGUGAUAGUGGCAUUUUUCAAGGAUUUUAUUUGACACUUGUUUCCACGUGGUGACUGUCACCGUUCAGUCGACGUGUAAAAAGUAAUCGCCCUUUUUAUUCACAAAUUCACCCUCACAGCUAAGUUAUUAAAAGAUGGAAUCCUUGAAUAUGUCUAAAUUAAACCUGUCCAACGUAAGAAGCCAGGUUCCUCACGAAAGUGGGACAAAGAGCGUUUCGGAAGCGGAGGCAAAACUGGAUGCAAUCUGUAUCCGAGAUCCCGAUGACGAGUAUCACUGCGAGUACAGGGAGGACAUUUGGAAGCAUCUUUUGGAGCAGGAGGCCGAGAAACCUGUGAUACAUCUGCAGUCCCCACAGCUAGAAUUCCGUGGCGCCCUAAUCCAGCAACUACGCGACAUCAGCAAGAAGCUCGGCCUGAGCAUCGCCACUCUUCACUCUGCCGCUGCACUUUUAGAUCUAUUCAUGGAUGCACAUAGACUCCGGGCUGACCGUUUGACACAUGUCGCUUUGGCCUGCUUAAGUCUUGCUGCAAAAAGUGAAGAGAAAUUCAGCAGAGCACCAACCCUCAAGACCCUCUCGAAGAUCAGCAACGUCCAACUCUGCGGCAAGACAUUCCGCCAGCUAGAAUGGAUGGUGGGCCAGCACGCAAGGUGGCGGUUACUGGCACCCACACCAGUGACCUUCGCUGCACUGUUGGCGCAAUAUGUGGUUACCGAUGGGGACCUGAAGACCAGGCAUCCGAAAUUCGUACGACGGUUCAAGAGAGAUGGUGCGAAGCAGUUGGAAGCGUAUUUGGAUUUGACUUUGUCAGAUGUCCGCCUGAAAGUAGUGGAAGCCGUAGAAGUGGGAUGCGCUUGCGUCGCGUGCGCCCGCGCCGAGCUGGGGCUGACGGCGUGGCCGGCCUGGCUCGCCACCGCCACGGCGCGACAAGCGUCGCGUAUCGCGCCUGUCGCCCGUCUAUUGCACCGGAUGAUGCAAAUUCUGAAGUCACGAGAAACGCCAGCGGAUGCGGAAAUCGACCAAGGCUACAGCAGCGCGAAGACCUCACCGAAUCAAACACCAUCCACAUCACCUCUCCAAGUCAGUCCGGCCUCAUCUACCUGCAGCACUUCAACUCGCAGCUACGUCAACGUUGACACCUCCUACCGUCAAAAACCGGUACAAUCAAGUAUGUAUUCCGUUCUAGAUUUAAACAAUACUAGCGUCACCAAUAUAGAGAAUUACUACCUACCAACAGCGGUUGAUAUGACUCUAAGAGUCGACAACCCUAAUGAUUACAGGUAUUUUAAGUCGCGUAGGUUAAUCGAAGCUAGCUUAGAAGGCGGAGCCGCCAAUAGGGCUGUGAAACGAGGUUUAGACAGCACGGUGGAGUUGGAUAGGAAAAGGUACCGUUUGACUCAGAUGUCGCAGGUCGUUCAAUGAUUUAUUUCUAGUCGAUCCAUGUUUGUGAAUUUCAUUUGUAUUUUUUGUACAGCUGAAAAGUGAUAAAUGAGAUUGGAACUAUUUAAUACACCAGUGAUUUAGAGUUUUACAUUUAUUUGUUUAUUCCUUUUUUAUACAGAUUGUUUUUGUUACGUCUGGCCAUACUCUGAGUGAAUAUGUAGGUCAUGUCUGAACAACUAAUAUGGGGCCAACCCCAAAACGCCAAAAAAUCUGUUGUACUCCUAAUCCUACGUUUCGGCGAAUCAUAUGUCAACGUUUUCUAUGGAAUAUAACAGAUUUUAUAUGGGAUUUCGAGGUUGGCCCCAUAGUAAAUGCUAGUCAGUAUGACCUAUAUGUAUAUAUUCACCCCUCAGACUAUGGUUUGAAAACAAAAAUACCUGUAGUAUUUUGGUCCUGGAUCAAUGUUUUUGCUGUUUAUAAUAGUAUAAAAUAUGUUAUGUUCCGGCAUAAAAUCAGUACCUACACAUAUUAUAAUCCAAAAAAUACUUACUAUACUUGGUCAAGCAGAUCUAGUCAGUAGAAAAGGCGACAAAUUUGAAAAAUGUAGGCGCGAAGGGAUAUCAUCUCAUAGAAAAUUUGAAUUUCGCGCCUUUUUCUACUGACAAGAUUUGCUUGACCGUCUAUAUCAAGUUUUUUUUUAAUGAUUUUUCGAUGUAGCAUAAAAAUAUUUUUUUUAAAUUACCUACUUUCGUGUUUCGUAGCACUCGAAUCUCAUUUAUUAGUUUGAAGCAUAUAUCCUAUUUCGUCAAAAAAUAUUGUUGAUAACUUGAUACUGCCAAAAAUUUACAAAUGUGGACAUUUAAACGAUUGCAUAUGCUUAAUUCGUGCAUUUGAUAUGCAUACAUAAGCAUUUGUAAAAGCAUAUGCAAUUUAUUAGUCUAAUUCCUAUAUCAAGCUGAAUUUUGUAUAAGCUAGCACCAAUAUUAUAUGCUUUAGUAAAUUUAUACUUAGAAGGAAUAAGGAGUUUGUAUAACGCGCUCAGUUAUUUAAAUAUUUGCACCACUUUUUCAAAAAUGUAAACUCAGUCACUUCUCUAUAUAUUUUAAAACAUAAUUUUUAUAUCUUAUUAAUAAUCAAAAUGAGGUCAGUAAAUUGGAGGUUUAGAGCGAGUAUGACUUUAAAAGUCCGAGCAAAGGCGAAGUCUUCAAAAAUACGAGUCAAAAUUUUUAUAAUGAACGCGAAUUUGAGACACAAAUAUGCAUUUCUUUAUUGGAAUGUCAUUCUUAUUCCUUCUCUUACUCACUCGGUGGUGUAUUGUAUACGAACGAAGCAUGGAUUCAUGCAGCUAGACAAUAGCGAGCCAAAGGAAAUUGGACAACUGAAUAGGCAAAAAGUUAUUAAAUGUGAUUUUUUUGUCUCAUCUUGUUAGGUUAAUUUUUGGUCUGCGACCACUACAAAAACAUCCAAAUCUAAACAAAAUAUAAAAACAAAGACUUGUUCUGUUCUAUCCAAAAUGAACAAUCAGCAAAAGAAUUGGAUAUACACAGUGGCCAUAAAAUAAGUGCAAUCCCGUUGCCAGGGAGGUUUUGGGAUUAUACUGAGCAACUUUUACUACGGGACCAACCCCAAAAUCGCGAAAAAAUGUUUCCCUCUCAUAGAAAAUGGACCAGCCAAAAUGUAUGAUACACCCAAAUUUUUUUUUCGGUGUUGGUCCCAUAUUAUAAGUUGCUUAGUAUAAUCCCAAAACCUCCCUGGCAACGAGAAUGCUCUUAUUUUUUUGCCACCGUAUACCUUCCUGCGUAGAAAUUUCUACACUUGAGUGGUCAAUUUUCACUGCCACCGACUGUACUAAAAAUUGUUGUCAGAUUUUCUGUAGGCUCAAUGACUGUAGGUAUAUGUAGACAGAAACGAAAUGUGAUAUAGGGUAAAUAAUAUUUAUUGGCCAUAUAAGUAUUUAAAAUUAAAAUUUUCGUACUUUUCUAAAAUUCUUGACGCAAGACAAUGUUAUAUGGUCAAGUUUGUAGUUACCCUAUCUUUAUUCCUUCGGUUAACCUUAAAAAAGAAAAGAAUAUGGAUUUUUUAAACCUGUUUUUAACUAUUUAUCCAAAAUAUAUAAUUUGUAAUUCUUUCAACCUUUUUUUUCUGGUAAACAAGAAAAUAAACUAGACAAAAAACGAAGGAUAAAGGAUUAUUUAUGUUACUUUGUAUGUCGUUAAAUUUGACAAAUUCCAAAGUAGCCAGUUUUUUUACUAGUAAUAUUCUUAUAAAAUAUUACGGUGAUUUUUUGUACUUCUAUGCAUUGACAGUUAACAUCUGGAUAACUGAACAAUCACCUUAAUAUGAAUGCUAGGUAAUUUCUAAUUUAAUAUAUCCAAAACGUAAGUUAACGUAUAACGGCAAUGGUGAACCAAAUGAUAUUUAAAUAUAAUAACAAAUAUUACCAUCACUGUAUGAAAAUGAAAUAAUGGUAACUCUAAAAAAAAAUUACGAUGAAAUCUGAGGGGUUACCGCGAAAACCGAAAUUCGCAAAUUGCGGGGAUCUUUCUCUUUUACUACAAUGAAGACGUACUUAGAGUGACAGAGAAAAAUGCCCGCAAUUUGCGAACUUCGAUGUUCGCGGUUAUAGCCCUGGUCUAUUGUUAUCAUUUAGUUCACCAACCUUAAGGCUUCUACAGCUUCUACGUUGCGACAAAAGAUUUAAGAUAAUUGCUGGCUAAGUAUAGUCCGUCAAGCCAUGUCCGUUAGUAGAAAAAAAAGGCAAAUUUAAAAAAUUUUGGUCCAAAGGGUUAUCGUCCCAUAGAAUAUUUGAACUUCGCGACUUUUUCUACUGACAAAGUUGUUUGACCGGCUAUAGUAAAGAAUUCAAUAGAUCGAGGAAAUACCGCAAUGUGUUUGUUUGCAAAUCGCAUUCGAUUAGCGGCGACGUUUGGAGAGGCCAUUAUUAGAUUCAUUAAUUUAAAAUGCUGUUUUGGAUGUGAGGUUGUGAUUAAAGAAUGUGUUGUUUUAAUUUAUUUAUUUAAUAAAUCCCGUUUCUUUGAUAUGCAAUUAUGACCGAAAGCAAUGAGAAUGCGUUUCCUUUGCCCUUGGAUGUAUUUGACGCUCAAUGUUAAUUUAUACUCGAAAUUGUUUUAAGUUUUUUUUAACAAAAGUUCCGUUCCACUAUCUCAUUGAUUAGUUUUCGUGACUAUGUUACUGAAAUAUACAGUUACUUUCAAUAAUACACGAAGAUCACUAUUUUACCAACCAAAAAUGUGUUCCCAUACGUAUUGGACUCUUUUUCUGUCCUUCCACAUAUUAUUGAAGGCAACUGUACCACAAAAAUGUUGAAUCGGGUUUUAUAAGUUAUUUUCGUACUUUUUUAAAAGACUAGUUUUACAUAUAUGUUGGUUGAUAUUGGUUAAUGUUAUUGUUUGUUCUAAAAUAGCAGAAAACAAUUCCUGCGACAUUUUUAGACAAAGUUUUCUACUGUUUUAGAUAGUGUGUGUGUAUUAACCCUUUGGUUACCAUUUAUAACGAACAUUGAGUAUUUAAUUUUGAUGCAUCUCGUAUAAAUGUCAAAGGAUGGCCAGAGGGUUAGAAUAUUAUAAUGGCCAUUAUUGGUUUUUGUUGUCCAUUUAAAGGCUGUUUUUUUAUUACGUCGCGUUUUUAUGUCAUUUCAAUUUUUCGUAAAAAUUACUUAAAUUCCUUACCCAGAUUUAUUAAAUAUAGGUCAAGCAAAUCUCGUCAGUAGAAAAAGGCGGCAAAUUUAAAAAAUGUAGGCGCGAAGGGUUAUCGUCCCAUAGAAAAUAUGAAUUUCGUGCGUUUUUCUACUGACAAGAUUUGCUUGACCAAGUAUAAUUAUAUGUUUUUUUAUACAUCUGUGGUAUAUCACCAUACCAUAUCUUUCUGUAGAAACCAUAGAAUAUAACUACUUUUAAUAUUUGUUCAUCACCAGUGUAACUUGAAAAUAAAGAUAAAUACCUACUUAUGCAUCAUACUGCCAAAUGUUAUACUUAGCAAUAGUCUUCUUUAUAGUAAAUAUAACACAUGUGCUUCCUAGUUAAUGUGAUUAAAUCAUAUUCUUUUGCCUACAAUAAUAUGAAAUAAAGCAUGUUCACACUUUCAAAUUUCGACUAUCUUUUGAUUAUAAUUUAUAAUCAUAUCAAAUAUUUAAGAAAAUCUUGUUAGAGUGGACUUGUAUAUUUUAUUGUUCAACAUAUAUCAUGCUAAAGCAAUAGACGUAAUGAUAUAUUUAAAAUUAAAUUAGAAAUGAACUAAACCUUAAUCAAUCUAUAGAACCUUAAUUUAAUAGCUUUCAAUUUGUAAUAUAACAGUAAAAAUGCUUGCAUAUUGUUGAAAUGUAUAGCCUUACAUUAUAUAAAAUAAGUAAGGAAAAUCCUUUCAUAUAAUAAACUGAAAAUCGUAAUUAAAUUCCAAAAAAAAGUAAGACAAUGUUGCCACUGCAAUAAUUUGUUUGUAAAAUAGUAAAUUCCUUUUUAUAAAUAAACACGCCAAGAUAAUUUAUUUAUUGGUAAUUUUACUCCUACGAUUUAAAAAAGUAGUUUUAUUUACUUAUUUUUACAUAAAUACAAGACGCGCUAGUAAAAAGUGGCACAUUACAUUGUCUUACUUUUUUUGGAAUUUAAUAACGAUUUUCAGUUUACAGCCCUCUAAAUUGAAUAAGGCCACAAAACGAAAAUACUGGCGUCACAAAUUGCAUGGCAUUCUUGCGUCCGCACUCCAGUUUAUCGGUAAUAUCGGUCAUAAUCGGCGGUUGAAUUCGGCGAGCCAAAUUGGCGUUUGCAUCCGCACGCCCUGAUUCGAUCGGACAAUACAAAUCAGAUUGGCGAAACAUUUACUCGUCUGGACACGCCUUUAAUAAUUGGGUAUUUUCACGAUUAAAAUACAUGCGAGGAUUUUCCUUACAGUGAUAUAUUUCUAUAAAAUGAUGUAAAAACGUGUGAGAAGUUGUUUGAAGACUGAUGUAACUAUGCGUGGCAUUGUACUGAGAAACUAUAUUUUAUACCAUUAAAUUGAUAAUGAAAACGACCUAUAAACCUUUAAAUAAAUAUAUACUUCCGUA